AUGGCUCGCCCAGUUCGCGUUGUCCUGACAACGAGGGGUGUCCACUUCUGGUCAGUCGUUGGACAUGGCGAGUCCAAACGCUUAGGUAAAUUAUUGGUAGGGGUGGAAGCUCCCGCUGUGCUGGGUCGGUCGCGCUGUCCCCAGUGGGAGGGACAGAGUUUCUUUCAUUUACCGGCCGUUAUCACAUCUCAAGGCGAAAAGACGCAUGGACUCUCAGAAAAACGAAGGAGGUUGUGGUUGACUAAAAUCAGUAGAGCAGAUCUUGAACCGUCGUCCUACCCAUACUUGAGAGUUUGUUCGGAACAUUUCGUUUCAGGAAAACCUUCCAGUCUUUAUCCUGAAAACUCAGCUGACUGGGCUCCUUCACUGAAACUUGGCCAUCAUAAGCAGACAACAGUGAUCAACCCCACUCCAGAAAGGGAAAGUCGAUUGAAAGGCAGAGUGGAAAAGAGAAGGAAUGUGGAAGCAGCACAAUCUCUUGUUGCACUUUUCAAUUCCAAAGAGGUUACAACUGAUCAUGAGCUCGAUGAAUCUGAGGAAGCCCACCCUGAUGUUCAGAUGGACACCAACAGGAUAGGAGAUGAGGCAGAAUUUGACAAAUCCAUGCAAACAGAGAUUUCAUCAGGUAACAUAAAUGCUAUGGAGAGUGAACUCAAUAGGUUGCUUGUCGAAAACAUUGGAUUGAAGGAACAGUUGGCAGCUUCUUCAAUUACUGAGGACACAUUCAAAGCUGAUGAUGAGAAAGUGAAGUUUUUUACUGGUUUGCCAUCAUUUGCUGUUCUGAUGACACUGUUUUGGUUUGUUGAACCUGAAAUAUCCUGCUCACACAACAGCUCCUUGACCAAAUUUCAGAAGAUGGUGCUGGUGCUAAUGCGGCUAAAAUUGAACUUGCCUGUAACCUUUUUGGCAGACAAAUUUAAGGUUUCUGCUUCAACAGUGUCCAGAACUAUGUUAAGUGUUCUAAACACAUUACACAUAAAAUUGAAGCCUCUAAUAUAUUGGCCGACGAAGGAGGAACGACGACAAACAAUGCCUAUUGAUGCGUAUGGAGGACGUGCUUCAGACAAAUUCAUAACAAAGGACAGUGAAUUUCUUAAUAAGUUGGAAUAUGGGGAUGUUGUUCUUGCUGACCGUGGAUUUGACAUAGCAGAGGAGGUGGCUCAAGUCAACGGUGAAGUUCGGAUACCAGCAUUCACAAAGGGAAAGGAUCAGUUGGCAGCUGUUGAUGUUGAAAGCACCAGAAGACUUGCACAUGUGCGCAUUCAUGUUGAAAGGGUUAUUGGUUUAGUUAGGAACAAGUAUAAGAUCAUGCACGACACUUUGCCUCUUGACUAUUUCAACUCGGUAGAUGAGUCUACUCCUACAAUUGACAAGAUUGUGACUGUAUGUUGUGCGCUUACAAAUAUGUGUAAAUCUGUAGUGCCAUUUGAUUAG